AUGCCUAAAAAAGAUCAAGUAGAUCCAUUCAAAUCAUUUAUUGCAGGAGGUACAGCCGGUGCCGUUGAAGGGGUAAUCACCUACCCUUUUGAAUUUGCCAAGACUCGUUUGCAACUUAUUGACAAAUCCGCCAAAGCUACUUCGAGAAAUCCAUUGAAAUUGAUCUACACUAUUGGUAAAACUCAAGGAAUUGGUGCAUUAUAUGUAGGAUGUCCGGCAUUUGUCGUUGGAAAUACGGCAAAAGCAUCAGUACGAUUUUUGGGGUUUGAUUAUAUCAAGAACUUGCUAGUGGAUAAGCAAGGUAAAUUAUCUGGUCCCAGAGGUGUAAUUGCUGGAUUAGGUGCGGGGUUGUUGGAGAGUGUGGUUGCUGUGACCCCAUUUGAAGCAAUUAAAACGGGACUAAUCGAUGAUAAACAACGUCCACAACCGAAAUAUCAACUGGGAUUGAUCAGUGGAACUGUGAAGCUAAUUAAAGAUAUGGGGUUCAAAGGGAUUUAUUCUGGAGUUGUGCCUGUAAGUUUACGUCAAGCUGCCAAUCAAGCUGUCAGAUUAGGUUCAUAUAAUGCCAUCAAAACCAUGAUUCAACAAGCCACCGGAACCAAACCAAACCAACCACUAAGUUCAGCUGCUACUUUUGCAGUGGGAGCAUUUGCUGGUAUAAUUACGGUGUAUACGACAAUGCCUAUAGAUACAGUCAAGACAAGAAUGCAAGCAUUGGGGUCGGAGAAAUUGUAUAGGUCGACUUUGGAUUGUUUUGUCAAAAUUUUCAAACAAGAAGGGUUGUUGACCUUUUGGAAAGGUGCUACUCCAAGGUUGGGAAGAUUAGUUUUGAGUGGAGGUAUUGUAUUUACUAUUUAUGAAAAGAUGUUGGUCAUUUUGCAUUAG